AUUUUUUUUACGUGGCGAACCGAUUGCCAUAGGAGUCGGCUGCUUAUCAUGGCGUGUAUACACCGGCAAGCAAAUGGCAAAGGCUAAGAGAGCGAUUUGGGAUACUCCAUGCUGAAUUACUGAGAGUCCUAUCACGUCACUGUCAAAUGCCGGACUUGUUUGACUUUGAAGAUACGAAGCGAAGGCAAAACCUGGUCUCUAGGUGGUCGGCUAAAUAUACCGGCCAAUUGUACUUAGUAGUUUUCUGUUCGUAUUUCGAACCACAAUGAUGAAACUAUUUGUUGACUACAGUUUAAUCAUAAUUCCAGCAAUUUUUUGCAGUUUAACAAUUUCUGAUGCUUCUGCUGAUGACUGCUUUCGGCGAUACUAUGGUGAAAGUAGUUUUGUAUGUGUGUGUAAUGCCACCUACUGUGACAGUGCACCAAGUGUCGAUGGGCCUCUCCCAACCGGCCAAGCCAUAGUCAUUUCAUCCACACAAAAUGAUUCAAGGUUUCAAACACACUACCUGCACUUUGACAUCCCUUCAAAUGAAUCCACAGUUUUUCAGAUAACAGUGAACGCCUUCAAAACCUACCAAGCUAUCAUCGGAUUUGGGGGAGCUUUUACAGAUGCUGCUGGUAUUAACAUAGCAAAACUCUCAUUUCCAGCUCAGGAACUUCUUCUUAGCUCGUAUUUUGGCACUCUCGGCAUCGAGUAUGGAAUUGGGCGUGUCCCUAUUGCUGGCAGUGAUUUUUCCACGUACCCUUACUCCUACGAUGACUUCCCAGGAGACACGACUCUUUCCAAUUUUAGUUUGACUGAAGAAGACCUUGUCUUUAAGAUCCCGUUCAUCAACUGGGCUAAAACAAUCAGUUCGAAACCAAUUAAACUUUUUUCAAGUCCAUGGAGUGGUCCUGCCUGGAUGAAGAGUAAUAAUGACUUCUCCGGCUUUGGUCAUCUUUUACCGGAAAACUAUCAACCAUGGGCAGAAUACUUCGUCAAAUCAUGUAAACAGGUUUUUGAAGAAUAUCGGAAGCAUGACAUCAAUUUUUGGGCACUCACUGCACAGAACGAGCCUAAUAACGGACGAGUUCCAGGAUGUUCAUGGAAUUGUAUGGGUUGGAGCCCCGAAGAUCAAGCGUUGUUUGUAGGCCAAAACCUUGGCCCAACGUUGGCUAACAAAGGGUUUGGUGACGUUAACAUCAUGGUUGUGGAUGACCAGCGGACGUUUAUGCCUAGCUGGCCCGAAACGGUACUAGCAGAUCCUGAAGCCAAUAAAUACGUCUCCGGCUUCGGUGUCCAUUGGUACGCAAACAAUCUGGUGCCACCUUCCGUUUUGACCUCCACACAUGAAGCCUUUCCUGACCGGUUUAUACUUGCCACAGAAGCUUGUAAUGGUAAGCUCACAGAUUUCAUAUUUAAAAACGAAAAUCUUAUAAAAUACAGCAAUAAAACAUUAUUUUAUUGUUCAGGACCCUAUGAAGAACCAGUCAUUAUGGGUUCGUGGGAACGGCUGGAAUCUUAUGCACAUGACAUUAUUGAGGACCUCAACCAUUGGGUUGCCGGUUGGGUGGAUUGGAAUCUUGUUUUGGACGAAGGUGGUGGACCAAACUGGGCUGAGAACUACGUAGACGCACCAAUUAUUGUGAACAACACCGUAGACGAGUUCUAUAAGCAGCCUAUGUUUUACGCAAUGGGACAUUUUUCCAAGUACAUCCCUGAAGAUUCCAUCAGGAUUGAAUUGGAAAUAAGUGAUAGUACUAGGAGCUUGUUUGGAACGGCCUUCCUACGUCCGGACGGCAAACGAUCGAUCGUUAUUUUAAAUCGCUCGGAUGAAGAAAGGAUGAUUUCGUUGGUAGACGCUGAUCGAGUCGAUGGAACGCUUACAUUGAUUUGCCCAGCCCGAUCCAUCCAUACCAUUGUAUACGUCUGAUUUCUAUUGCACGUAGGGCAAGAUACCACACUGAAAUGGCCUCUGGGUCUUCUAACACAUAAAUAUCCAUCAAAAUUUGAAUACAAAUCGUAUUUUAUUUAGAUUUUUGAAAAAAAUAUAUAAAUAAAUAAAUAAAUAAAAAGUCA